AUCUGGUGCAAAGUUCCUCCUCGGCUUCCUGUCUGUGGUCCACUUGUUGAGCGCGGAGGAAGAGGAGGAAGAGGAGGACGCAGAGUUAAAGAUUCACGUGAAGUCAAACGAUGGCGUAAACGGGCGGAGAAACAGCGGCAGUUGGUGAAAACAAAGCCCGGCGAUUGAGCGCGAUGUCCGGGUUGAGACUCGCCGGAGCCCUCGGAGCCUCCGCGGCUCUGGCGGCUGGACUCACCUAUCUGAUCUGGAACUACGCGUCCUCCUCCCGGGACAAGAAGCGUGAAACACCGCCGGAGGAAGACGGCGGAAGAGGCCGGGAGGGAGGAGAGGGAGAUGGGGAGCAGAGGAGCGAGGAGACGCCGGCUGAAGCGACUGGACAGUCCAAACCUGCAGAGUCCACGGGGACUCAGGUUCUGGUUCUGGGUCUGGACGGAGCCGGUAAGACCAGCCUGCUGUCCUGUAUAGCCACCGGGUGCCUGGAGCGGGACGUGGAGCCGACGCAGGGCUUCAACGCCGUGUCCAUCAGCAGAGACGACCUGCACGUCGAGUUUCUGGAGAUCGGAGGUAAGCAGGAGCUGCGUCAGUACUGGCAGAGGUACAUGUCUCGAGCUCUGCUGCUGGUGUUUGUGGUCGACUCGUCUGACUCGCAGCUUUUCUCCGUCGCUAAGAGGCUUCUUCACGAGCUGCUGACCUUUGACCCCCAGCUGCCUUUAAUGGUCCUGGCCAACAAACAGGACCUUCCAGGAGCCUGCAGCAUCACCGACCUCCACGACGCUCUGUCCCUCUCCGAGGUCGGAGACCGCAGGUUGUACCUCAUCGGCACUUACGUGAAGAAGGGCGAGGCGGAGCUCAGCUCAGGCGUCCAGGACGCGCGGGACAUGAUCAUCCAGAUGGUUUGUGACGGCAGAUAAAACACAGCGUGGUGGUUGUCACUUAAUCCAUCUGAGAAAAGCUAAUGGGUUUUCUUUGCACCUUUUCACUGAAACGCUUUCACUGCACCAGGCUGGCUGAAAGUCUUUAAUUUAUUCAUGAGAAAACUUUAUUUGUUGCUUUGGUUACGGUGGGAUUGGGGUUCAAAGAUUUAUUUUCAUCCUUUAGUGCUUCACUUGUGGAUGAUGAAACACGAGCAGCUCUAAAGCUGCCUUUAAGUUUUAGUGCGGAGCGUCAGGCGGUACCGAAUCACAGUGGAUUUAUUUCAGGCUGUCGGUUCACUCACGCCAUCUGUGUCGCUGCUGCGUGCAGCUUUAUCACCAGCAACGAGCAAACAGUCUGUUACAACAAAAUACAAAAGCACUGUUAUUACUGAACAGCAUAUUUAAUACCUCCACUUUAAGCUCAACAGGGCAAACUUUUCAUAUCAAACACAGCAAUACGAAGAGAUCUAAAAAUCUGUUACGUUCACUCACUUUGUGCUGAAAAUUCAAAGCGAAAACCAAAACUUUAGGCUUUAAGUCUGUGAUGGUACGUUUGAUUUCUGGUAAAACAGUGACCUCUUUCUGCCAUUUGGGGCCGCCAACGUGCAAAUUUGAGUCUUUCAGCUUUAAAAACAUUAAACUUCUGAGACUCCGAUGUGGCCGUUAAUAUUAGAAUUAAAAAAUAACAAAGCAAAAUUUCAAGAGGACACCACAACCAUGUCAGGUUUAAAUGAAAGAGUUAUUGAAUGAGGCGAGUUUGCUCCAAUAAUCAGCCGUUAAUUCGUAGUUUUAUUAUUGAAUGAGCGGAGUCACCAAACAAUAAUACCAUCCUAUAAUAUUCUUACUGUGUGUUUUUGGUGGUUUACAGCUUUAAAAACAGUAUCGCUUUUAUGACACAAGUUUAUUAGGGUUUACAAAAGUGGGUUUAUUUAAAAACAAAAAAAAUUGAAAAGAAGAAUAUAACCACAUUUUUUUCCUUUUCAGAGAGAAACGCACAUCUUCCUGCCCUUUUGUUAUUUUGUCUUAAUGCCGUUUUAUAUGGUGAGAUCUAUUUAAUUCACUGUCCAUUCAUUUUUGGGAAAUACAUAUUUUUUGUGUGCAAAGCCUUAAUGUGUACCAGUUUUGAGGAAUGUAAAGGUUUUUGAAGAGCACUAUUUUUUUUCAAAUAUGUUAACCACUUUUUUUGUCCCCAAUACCAAAACACGUCCAUCAUACAGUAUUGUGUGAACAGUUUGUCUUAUUUAAUUUUUUU